CGCCCACACUCCGAGCCGAGCCGAGCUGCACAAGUCAGUCUCCUCAGUGAGUGCGGGCUCCCGUCUCCUAGCAACACCGAACUCUGCUGCGCUCCAGUCACACCAGGCGGGAGGGUCGCGGUACCUGACAGGAGCCGCUCAUCCUGCCCAUUGUCUCGGCACCUUUGUCUUGGCAUGAGGGGACAUGCUAAUGACCUGGGCUCUCCCGUGAGCGGACAUGCGCUGAGGCGGGAGGUCUGCGCUGCCUCUAUAAAGCCACCUGUGUGCUGCCUCCGCCACUGAACUUCGGAGCCUGUGCCCGCACUGACAAGAAUAGGCUCUUUGUGUGAGGGAUGGCAGCCGGGCCGGGCACACAAGGUUGGCACUGCCUGUAGUCUCCAAUGCUCCGCUCCGGGAGAAGCCAAUGCUGCAGCUAGAGGAGAAGGAGAAGCCCGGCCAUCUGCAGAAGGCGAUAUGCGCGGCCGCCUGUGCCCACAAAGCCUACACCCCCCGAGCCGUCCUCAGACCCUGCGGGAUGGCAGCCCACCCUCCCCGGGGGACCCUCGGCAGCAGCCUGCUGACUCUCGGUUUACUCUCGCUUCUCCUGGGACUUUGCCAGUCAGUUGAAAACAAGUGUUCCUCUUCCAAUGCAGCUACAUGCACAAAAUGCCUUUCGCUGGGCCCAGAAUGUGGAUGGUGUACUCAAGAGGAUUUUAUGGUGGAUUCAGUGGAAAGUGAAAGAUGUGACACUGUUUAUAAUUUAAAGUCCAAGGGCUGCCGAGGAGACUCCAUAGAGCAUCCAUCAGCCCAGAUUGUGAGCAGCAAGGAGGGAAACAGUCAGGUCACACCAGCAGAGGUGUCCGUCCACCUGAGACCAGGAGCUUCUGUGAACUUCUUACUUCGAAUGCAGCGCCUGGAGAAGUAUCCAGUGGACCUUUAUUAUUUGGUCGACGUCUCUGCAUCAAUGUUUGCAACUAUAGAAAAAAUUAAUAAUAUUGGAUCUGACCUUUCUCAGAAAAUGGCAGACUUCUCUCAUGACAUAAGGUUUGGAUUUGGAUCCUUUGUGGAUAAGCCAGUAUCACCGUAUAUAAGCAUUCAUCCUGACAGAUUAAAGAAUCAGUGCAGUACUUUAAAUAAAAACUGCAUGCCACCCCAUGGAUUCAUUCAUGUGCUCUCCCUAACAAACAAUAUGACACAGUUCAAGCAAAUUGUAAGUAAGCAGAAGAUUUCCGCAAAUAUAGAUGACCCAGAAGGUGCAUUUGAUGCAAUGCUGCAGGCAGCAGUUUGCCAUAAAGAAAUUGGCUGGCGGAAAGAAGCAAAACGCUUAAUUAUUUUGUUGACAGAUCAAACCUCUCAUUUACCACUUGACAGUAAAUUAGCUGGAAUAGUGUCACCGAAUGACGGCAGCUGUCAUCUCAAAGACAACGUUUACACCAGAGCUUCAGAUAUGGAGCAUCCAUCCCUAGGUUUACUAGGGGAGAAGUUAGCAGGCAACCAUGUUUAUGGGGUUUUUGCAGUCCGUGGAAAUGCUUUUAGUUGGUAUAAGGAUCUUUUACCAUUGCUGCCAGGAACGGUUGCCAAGGAACUGGAUGCCACUGCAUCAAACAUUAAGAAUUUGGUGGUGGAAGCUUAUCAGGCACUUCUUUCAGAAAUAAAGAUUCAAGUGGAUAAUCCCAUGAAGGGUAUUUAUGUAAACAUUACUGCUAUAUGUCCAGAUGGAAGCAGACAUUCUGGAAUAGAAGGAUGUCGUAAUGUACAGAGUAAUGAUAAGGUUCUUUUUAAUGUAACAGUUACUAUGGACACUUGUGAUGUAGAAGGUGGACAUAACUACAUCAUUCUUAAACCUAUUGGUUUCAAUGAAACCGUGAAAGUAAAGAUUCACAGAAGUUGCACAUGUCAGUGUAACAGUCCACUAAGGCAUAAGGAUAAGUGUGUUACCGAGGUUCACCCAGACUGCCCUGGAGUUCCAUGCAGAGACAGCAACUGCAGCUUGGGAGAAAAGGAAUAUCAGUCCGAAAACUGCAAGCAAUCCCCAUCAGAGUCUGAGUGUAGUGGUAGAGGAACUUGUCUGUGUGGAAAAUGCUACUGCUCUAAAACCAAACUGGGAAAAAUAUAUGGGAAAUACUGUGAAAUUGACAAUUUUUCUUGCCCGUACAACCUUGGAAAACUAUGUUCUGGUAAUGGUGAAUGUUACAAUGGAGAUUGUAAAUGCCAUAGUGGCUGGGAAGGGGACAGAUGUCAAUGCUCAUCAUUAAAGAAACACUGUAUGGAUUCCAAUGGACUUGUGUGCAGUGGGAGGGGAACCUGCACAUGUGGUAAAUGCGAGUGCACUAUUGACAAAAGCUUUGGCCCUUUGUGCCAAUACUGCUCUGGAUGUAGCAAUACCUGCACGGACAACUGGAACUGUGAGCAUUCUCAUGGCUCACUGAAUGGAUCUGUUAAUCCAAUGGAUCCCUAUAAAACCAAAUGUAACACACUGGUGUACUAUAUUGAUCAGACUUCAGAAUGCUUCUCAGACCCUUGGAUCUUGAAGAUAUUUUUUAUCAUCUUUACUGCAACCUUCUUAAUUGGGUUUCUUUCUAUACUUAUAAUUAGAGUUAGUAUUUUACAAUGCAGCAACAACAGGAGGACCUCUUCAUCUGACUACAGGGUGCCAACAUCAAUAAAAGAUAAAAGCAGCUUGCACAGUGUGUACUCGAAGACAGUAACAUAUACUCGGGAAAAACCGGAAGACAUUAAUAUCGCAUUCAAGUACAAGUUUUAGGGACCUUCUUCCAACCCUGUGUGGUUGGCUUCCAUUGACUUUCAUGCCUUUUUCUAUAGACAUUUUUAUAGAUUUUUUUAAAGAAUUAAAUUAAUGUCACAUAAAUGGGCAGGGCCUGUUUAUUCAGCGCAUGCCAACCCAUAAGCCAUUACUACGAAUGCCAUCAUUUUUUAGAAGAGCACUAAAGAUAACAUGGCUUUGUGGCAUUCUGCAAGUGAUCAAUUUUUAAUACAUCCUGAUUUUUUUUCAUUUUGUACAGAUUUGGGAACUGACAUAACUACAUAGAGUUAUUAUUUAGCUGCUCUAAUAGAUUCAUGUGCAUUACUACUGUACGGUACAAAGUUUGAAUGUAGCACUUUAUUGUUUUAAUUUUUUUGUAUGUUUUUACAAAGCACUGAUAACACUUUAGCUAGAUUUUAUGUGCACUCCACAGAGAGAUGUGUAGCCUUUUUUAACACAGAUGUAUUUGAGCUGAGUUUGUCAUUUGGUACAAAACAUUGAUAUGCUGUAGAUAUUUUGUUGACACGCAACAGCAACAGUUAAAUGAUAGGUUCAGCUCUGCUACCUCUGUAGGCAUGAAAAAUAAACAUUUCGGAGUGCUUAAACUGCUGCAAGGGAAACAUGUAGGUGGUUUUGAUUAAUUCAGUUGUGACUAUGUAAGAAAGUACUGUAAUUGUGAGUUUAACUCUGAAAUGCAAAAUAGGCCAUUAAUGAAGUAUAUAUAUAUAUAUAUAUAUAUAUAUAUAUAUAUAUACAUUUUCAUGUAUAAAAGUUAAAACUAAUUUUUUUAAAGUUUAAAUAUAAAAUUGGAGGUACAGUAAAAUUACAUUUGGAACAGUCCAUCAAACAAAAAGUAACACAAGGCAGUUUGAGAAUCUUAUAGAUUGUAACAUAGAUGAUUGUUGGUACAAACGUCACUUUAAAAACAUUUAUAAUGUCUGAUACCAUUCUAUAUUAACAACUGUAGAACUAUAACAAUAUAAAAGGUGAGGUGCCCUAAGUGACAAAAAAAAUUACCAUAAUAGUUAUUUUGAAUAGAGUCUGCAUAAUUGUUUACUACAAGUGUACCACCACCUUUUACAUCAAUCUAAAAGGGUCUGUCAGCAGUUGUCAUGCCUCAAAACUGUUAACAGCGCUAUGUAGAGGGCAGUGAGAGAAGUUUGAUCAUAUCUUGGGUUACGAUCAUGCAACCUACAUGAUGAUGAAACUGGGCCUAGCCAAUGCCACGGCAAGUGCCAAGAAGACAAAAUGUUUAUGUUAUGUGCUCCUCUCAUCUCUGAGUGACAGCUAUAGUGGUCAUCUAACCGGACAGUACAGCUACAGAUAUAAUAGGAGGGGUGAUAAAAAAGUUUAAUGUAGACAGCUCGGGGGCUUAACAUGAAGGGCCUGCAGUCAGGAUUUUGCAGUAGCAAUGGCCAGGAACGGUCAUGACGUCAACCCAAGGUCCGAUCACACUCCUUCCCUCAAAAUCUGUGCUGAUCAAUUUCUAUAAAUAUCUGGUCAUAGUGCUGGCAACAGUUUUUAAGGGCUCAAAACUGCUAAUAUACUCCCUUUAAAGUGACCAUAGAAGUAGCAAAUGUUUUUGUAAUGUGGCAGUAUUAGGUAUUUAUAACAAUAAUAACUGUAAAUGCAGUAUCAAUGUAAUUUUGCUAUAUUUGGUGUGGAGUUUCAGUAGCUAGUCUGAAGUGGAAUGAAUUGCCUGUUACUAUAAAAGAGACUGAAUACAUUCUUUGUAAUAUUGACGAAAACUUGUUGCAUCUAUGGUCAACUUUAGGCACAUCUGUUAUUUAUACAUGGUGAUGUGUUACCCACUGAACUAUACAAUAACUUGAUGUCAUACUGUUUUAUUAUCUAUGUUGUCCUUGACCAGAUUAUUUAAGAACACUAAAUAUCUUUAAAGGUGAUCUGUCAGCUCUAUGUCAUGUUCUGAGCUCACGUGUCCAUGAAGCAAUUCUAAGCUGCAGUGUGAAUCAGAUGGGGAAUGGAGAUGCAGUGCAUCCCGGACACAUGAGCUCUGAGCAUGAUGUAGAGCUGACUGAUUCCUUUAUUUCAAAUAAUGCAUUAGUACAAUAUGUGGACUUUACUCUAAAGAUCCAGUAACAUUUGUAAGAAGCAAUUGUGAGCUGCAUCAAGAACAUCAAAACAUUUUUGAAACAUUUUUAUGGAAUUUUCAUAAAGUGAAUGUUCACUCUUAAACACCAGUUUGUUAUUUUAAAUAGAAACAUUAAGUUUGUGUUUUUGAAUUUCUUAUUGUAUCUUUAUAGCAACUGGAGUUGUUGGAUACAGCACUUCAAAGACUUAUAACAGUCUAUCUUUCUACUAGCACUACUAAUGGGAGCUUAUAGUAGGAGCUUGCUGUAUACUGUUUAUGCAUUGAAGUCUAUGAUAAAACCGUAUGCAGUUAGCACCUCCUAGUGGUGGCUGAAGGCUUUUUUACGCCAUUCUUGGGGAAAAGGGAAAGUUGUGCUGGCAAAAGACGCACCAUUGCUAGUAAAAUUUUGCUAUGAUAUACACUAUACUAAAUGUAUGGGGCUGCGGAGGCCUCACCACCACAUGCUAACUUCCUCCCACUUUAAGAAUUCUGGGUGCAGCGUAAAAACAGGGAUUUGAAUUCUGUAUCAGAUAAAGAAGCUUUGACCAGAUAUGGCUAGAAAUUGAUCAGCAUAGAUUUUGGACCAAAACAUGGCAACUUAGUGGACAUUUAUUUAAUUCUAAUAAACAUUGACGAACUGGUGGCAUUAUUGCCAACUUUAAUGUUAAAUCCAGCAAAUUGUGUCUUGAUAAGAAAAAAUUGUCUGUGUUGCACUAGAAAACAUACCAUUUAUUGUGAUGUUCAUAUGUUUAAUAGGUUGUAUAUUUGGAUUUCAGUAUUUCCAUAGUAUCCUGAGCAUUGUGCCAGUGUUGCUGUGUCAGGCUAUGUCCACACUGUGCUUUCUUAGGUAUAUUCCAUUUGUAAAAAUGCAUGUGCAAAAUCCCAAUUUGCAACGCAAUUUUAAACAUCUAUAGGAAAGUAGUUGUCUUUGCAAACAAUAUGUAAAACAUAAGUCUGUUUCCCAUAGACUUACAUAGAGCACAUUAAUGUUUUGCAAUUUUGCAGACACAUUUUAUACAAUGAAAAAUGCCCAAAAACAUACACAGUGUGAACCUAGCCUUAAAGGGGUACUCUGGUGGAAAACUUUUUUUUUUUAAUGAACUGUUGCCAGAAAUUUAAACAGAUUUGUAAAUUACUUCUAUAAAAAAAAUCUUAAUCAUUUCAGUACUUUUUAGCAGCUGUUUGUUACAGAAGAAAAUCAUUUUUUUUUUGUGUUGUCCACAGUGCUCUCUGCUGACACCAGAUGCCUGUAUCAGGAACUGUCCAGAGCAGGAGAAAAUCCCCACAGCAAACCUAUGCUGCUCUGGAUAGUUCCUGACACGGACAGAGGUGUCAGCAGAGAGCACUGUGGACGACACAAAAAAUUCAAAAAGCAAAGAAUUUCCUCUGUAGCAUACAGCUGAACUAAAAAGUAUCAAAAGGAUUAAGAUUUUCUAAUAGAAGUAAUAUACAAAUCUGUUUAACUUUCUGGCACCAGUUCAUUUAAGAAAAAAAGUUUUCUGCCGGAGUACCCCUUUAAGAGUAACGGCAAUAAUAUACAUUGUCAGAUGCAUAUAUUAUUGUUGAAGUACAUUCAAUGAUGACAGGUAUCAGUUAUAUGGUGUUACAUAAUGUUUUAUUGUGCCCUUUCUUUGGUGCCAGUAAUAUGGUGGAGAACAUCACAAACAUGGACAAAUAUCAGAUAUAACAUUGUUACUAAAAAGUUUGAUUUGCUGUACCAAUGAUAUGGUCCUGACCCUAGUUCAGAGCUGUACUUUUCUACCUGGAGCCAAAUACCAGAGAAACUGUUAACCUGAUAACAAAAAUUAUAUUUUACCACUGUGUUCUACCUUUUCCUUUCAUAAUUUGCAGAUGGUAAUGACAUUAAAGGGUUAUUCCAGCAUGGGCAAAACAUGUAUAUAGUCUUAGUUUUGAAACCAAAAAAAAGCUAUUCCUAUACUUACCCACCCCCAUAGUCCACUGCAGCUUCCCAUUCAUCUCUUCAAGUUCCCUAAUGUUCCUGUCUUCUUCCUGCUUCCGAGAGGAGAGUUCAGUGAAGGACCUGCCUCCUCAGCCAAACAUAAGUCAUAGCAGUGUCCCAUCUCGACCAGUAGUUGGCUGAGCGGGCAGUCCCUGCACUGAGAUCUUAUCUUAGCAGCUGGAAGAAGAAGAACGGGAGCUGCAGUGGGGGACCAGGGCACGGUAAGUAUGUUUUUUUAUUUUUAUUUCCCACAUCCCCAGCACUAUCCUAAUUUUUACCCAUGCUGGAAUUCCCCUUUAAUCUGAUUCUUAUGUGCCUUCUCUCUUUUCCGUUAAGCAGCAGUAAUUUUUUAAGCUUGUAGUUUCUCUUGUGCACCUGGAGACAAACUCCUCCUUCUGAUGUGGUAUAAAGUUGCACUUCAACAUCCUCUCUUUCCUCUACAAUCUCUGUAGCCACUGGAUAUUAUCAGUGCACUUUGGUAACUAUGGCUGACAACAGAUCUAAUGCCACAUGUGGUCAUAGCGCUCAAGGAACACUGGCCUAGUCCACUGUCCUUAUACACAGAACAUAGUGUGUACAUAUAAUAGUAGCGAUAAUGGUGGUUUAUUGGUGUGCCAAAAUGUUCUAUAGCUGUGCAUUUUUUUAAGGGACUAACUUUUUGUUAUAUACUCAUAACCUAAAAUACACAUAUAGUGGUUAACGUAUGCAGAAGAAGGCACAAUUUGUUGGCACUCCUUAAAAAAUAUGUACCCUUUUUGUAACAUAAAGGAAAUGUAGUUUUCCAUUUCAUUUUUUAGCCUCUGAUACUUUGAUUCCAAUCACUCCCCCCUUCCCUGAGCCUAGUAUUCACCCCCUAUUUUACCCCCGCCAUCUGACUGUUCAGUAAAAUGGACAAAACAACCAAAUAGUAAAACCCUCUUAUCUGAGGGCAUAGCAAGAAGUAAAACAGAGCACAUGAGGCUAUUAUAUAUGUCCCCAUCAGAGAAGUGGCUUAAAAAAAACUAAUAAGCAAAUUCAAUCAAAUUGUUGAUAGUUUUGUAAAGAGACAAUUUGCAAACCACUUAUUGAAUUUGGGGUCAAGUAGGGAAAUGCAAUAAAGCAGAUGAAAUUUCUAGACUGAUGUGACAGGGUCACUAAAAGGAAUGAUUAGAGGACCACAUGUCUUUGCAUAUUUGUAUAUUAUUCACUGAGAAUAUGGAACCAAUGAUUUACAUACUAGUUCAUUUAAUGUUACUUAGCAACUUAAUGACAGUAUCUAAGCCAAAUGGCAUUUUUAUUGCACAGUUUUCCAAGAAUGUAACCAAAAACAGACAUGUUAUAAUGUUUGAUUAGGGUUGUUUAUGGUUUUUAUGGGUUAAAUUUAUGAUGCUCAGGGAAAAUAAUUGUGGAAACAAGUUGUGCCUUUUUUUUAGAGUACAUAUCCUAAUGUUAUUCUGAUAAGUUGUUUGUAUUUUAGCUUAAAAGCAGGCAACAUCAAAAAGGAUAAUAAAAUAAGCACUUGAGAAUUCUGCAUACUUACUAAGAGAAGAAAAUAAUCAUACCCCAAAUAAUAUAUUUAUUGAAUGUCGUCAUCACAGUACAAACAGCGACAUUAAAAUAUAUUAACAGAAAAAAAAACAUCUACUUUUCAAUCUAGGAGCUUUCAAGGCAAAACCAAUACUGUUAUGCUUGGUUCAGGGCAGUUCAUGACCUUGUGUCAUGUAUUAAGCCAUGAUAUAGUUUUGCCUGGACUAUUCCUUUGGUUUUUAAUUUGUUGGAUAGUAAUGGUUCUCAUUAUGGAGAGCCAGCUUCUUAGGAAGUCUUACAGGCAAUGUUGUCAGUGAUAAAGUAUGCAAACUAGCGCUC